AUGCAGUACAACGUUUGCGUCGUACUCUGUGCUUGUUUGUGCAUUUGGCAACAAUGCACGUGGACGGCGGUGGAAGGACAACGGGUAACUGAGACAAUCCCCCUCUUGCCCUACUUCAACAAUGGGUUGCCCAGGGUACUGGUUGAAAAGCGCACAGACAAGAUGGCGGCGGCGCUGGGAAACGGCCAAGUCACGUGGAGCGACGGCGAAGACAUUCAACUGCGCGUCGACUACUACUGCGCGCACGAGAGGGAGUGCCACGGCGAGUUCAGCCUCAACGGUUCCCAGCAGAUGAUGGGCAUAGACAGCUUCGAUGCGUCGAGUAGACACGCGGACACGCAUUCGGCCACGGCGCGUCUGGUGGCGCUGCACGAGCAGGGCUUCGCACUGGUCGGUUUCCGGCUCACCCUCUGGAAGAACACAGUUCAGGAGGGCUACGUGCACGGUCAGUACAUGGUGCACCUGAAGCCACCAGAAGCACGGGUCCUCACGAAGGGCUGCACCUUCAAAGUCACCAUGUACUCCAGAAUUAACCUGAUGGUUUUUGAGUUCGAUCCGACCGCCUUCAUGCCGAGUGGACUGCUGUGGCACACACUGGUGCUGUUCAGGCGAGUUCGGAUUAAGAAGUGGCCUGACACCAUGUCGGUGUACGUGCCGAUUCUGGUGAUGCGCAGAUCGCCCUUCAGCCUGGUUCCACUCAACUUCUACUACUUCAGAGACGUGGUAUUUGAGUUAGGCGACAACGGCAGGCUUUUCGUGAAGGGAACAACGGCACAGGGCAUGAACCAGCAGAACAACGGAGUGUACACGGUGCGCUGGUUCUACCAUAACCGCCAGCACAUCGUGGACGAGAGCUGUGAGAACACGGGUAGCGUGCAGUACUGGGCCAACCUCCCACCUCUUGAGCCGAUUUUCGCGCACAGCACAAUGGAUAAACCAGAGCAGUGGUCAUUCAACAUCCCGGCCUUGCAGAAAGCGGUUUACGAAGAAGAAUCCAAACAACUGGUAGCGUGUGUUUGGACAGAUGUCUUCCAGAAGAUCCCAAAGAAAAGGGAAUUCACUCUCGCCACUCACAGGUACGCAUUCUACUCAGAAGGUGAAGAUCUUGGCUUCCUGAUGUACGCCUAUGUACUGGAGGAACAAAGUCCAUCAUUGGAAAAGUACGUCUGCUCGACCGAGUCCAUGGAGGUCUUAGGUAUCGGUCCGUAUAGACCCUGCCCACAGAACGAAGACGCCUUCAAGGUUUAUCCCCACGUCUCGAUUGACCGCCACCACAUGCGAUUCACAAUCCGCGGGGAAUUUACUAGUAAAAACUACACGAUGAAAAAAGGAUUCCACGCCGCUGUCAUCCACGGUCCAAGAGGUCGGUUGGCCGAACACGUCUUUAAACGCUUCAGGAGGUUGCCCGCAUACGAAAGGACCUUCGAAAGCAUGAACGUUACUUUGCCAAUGAGAGUACCGUGGAGACAGGGCAUGCUAAUGCGGGUAGAGAUUCACCAAUGGGAGACAAAGAACGUGUUUCGCGCGAUGAUAAUGGACGCAGACAACAAAGUCCACGUUAAUCCGAUGGUGGCCACCCACACACAACCCGUUGAGAUUAAGUGUUUGGAGAAUCGGCUGGGUGUGAUGGCGACCAGGGCGCGAAUUGAGUACGUGCAGGUACACGCAGACCUCGGGGGACGCAACUACGUGCUGAUUGGUUCCUACACACCACAAAAAGGAGCGCGGAUAGAGCCCAAGAACAUCGAUAGCUCUGCGAGGCUGAUUGUGAAUGUCAGAAAACAGAGACCAUCACAGCUGAGAUUUCGUGCAAUGGCUUUCCACAUGCACCGUUUCCAUGGUUUUCGAUGUCGCGUGAAAACGGAAGGCGACUGGUUUCCCCUACACGAGGUGGUUAACAAGCAGCCAGUUUGUUUCGUGCGGCGGCCCCCACCCGUCAUCUUAACCGUGGACAACAGCACCGUGCCACCGGAAGAAGACGGCGCAGUCCUCCAACACCAGAGCCUCAAGGUCUACCAGACGUCCUGCAUUCGACCCGGUGGUGAACUACUCUUCACCUGCAGCGAGUGGCGCGAGAUAGGCGUCUGCGACCACCUGCCCAGAGUUGAGAACAUCUACAAAGUCGACACAGACCUCAUCAUCCACAACGCCCAACGAAAGGAGUACACCAUUCGGAAACCGGUUUUCGAUCGAUUCGGCAGGGGACAAGUCAAGAUUGCCACCGUUCCGUACGACUGGCAUUUAGCUGAGGUAACCUGCCGCCGAAAGGUCUACCUUCCCGGGAAGACGUCACAACGCCUAAUCGUCGACCAGUACUCUUCUGUCGCACGGCUUUGCGUAAGCCGAUUGAAAUUCAGCUUCUACGUCACACACGUGGGCAUUGACAAGAAAAUAGGGCUGACCAUGAACUUUGAGGAGUUGAAGAAGCGCAACGCGGUGAACGAGUUGAACACUCGAGUGGUUAACACCUUGACGGAGGGCUCGGCCGUAAUCUGCACGGUGUCCGACAACACCAAGGUCACCGAGACGAAAAUUAAGCAGCACAACACCGAGACAGAGAGUGGCAGGCCGCCAAUCAAGGUGUUCAGCUUUGACAACGUCUCAAUCGCCAUCUUGCUUAAUACUGACAUUGGCAGCGGCAAGAACACGAUUAGCAUAUACUGCCAGACAAAACGGUCAAACUCGCAAAUAACAGCCAAAUCCGACACACUGCGUUUGACAGUCCGCGAGGCAGCAAUGAAGGAGGCGGGGUCGUCGGAGUUGAGACAGCUCUUCGGCGAGAUCAUCACGACGACAGUGGUGGCGACACUCAUCGCGGGCAUCUGCCCGCUUAUUGUUAUGGUGAAAGAGGUCAGACGCGCUCGAAGACACGAAAAACGUCGCGCCGAGGCGGCCAGAAAGUUGAGACGUCUCAAUUACCUUAAAGAGAUGGGCCUAGGAGGGCACGACACCAGCGAACGGGUCGGCAACAGGGGGAGCAUCCGAAUGCGUUUGCCAGAAAGCAGACACAGGAGAGGCCUAGAAACAGAUGUCGACGACGACGACGACGACGAUGACGCUUACGGCGAUGCCCAAACGCUGGAGGAGAGCAUGAAGGAUAACAGCGAAGUUGGCAGCAAGUACGAGUGA